CGACUGUCAAUCAGAGGCUCCUCCACUGACAUUCGGCCAACGACUCACAGCGCAACCCUCAAUUCCGUAUUGUGCUCUGAAUUCCGCAGAGAAGCAAGGCUCUUCCAAGACUUAGCGACUAUGCCCACGAAGCUAGAAUAGACACCGAGAAGAGUACGCGAGGUUGCACAGCCCUUGGUCUGUUGGAGCGACCCGAGCUGAGCCGACAAUGUCAUACGGCUCCAAAGGCAAGGCACCAAGUAGCGGACCACCUCCCAAGCGCUCUUCAUCACCGCCUAUUGACGAUGCGAGCGCAUACAAGGAGAAGACGGUGCAAUACGCGAGCUACACCUCUGCUGCUGCUGCUCCUUCUCAGGCUCCAUUCUCACCGCCAAACACAGCACAGUGGUUCUCCUCUCCACCUUCGUCUGCGCCAGGUAUGGCGCAUGCAUACGCGGCAAAUGUGGCCACGCCUGGUCCAAGCACCGCCAAAUUGUACGCCGAGCAACCCGAUACGGCUGACCAGUUUCAAUUCUCCACAACACUACGGAAAGCAUCGAUCCAUGGAGAAGAGGCAGGGCGUGCGUCAUACCCGCCUGCUCCACAGCCCUCUUCAAGCUCGGCCUCGCUGCACUACACACACGAAUCCAUCGCUGCUAUCCUACACUCCCUCGGUACGUCGCUGGAGACAGGACUCUCGGCGUCCUCGGGCGCAGUGGAGUCAGCUAGGACGAGGGCAGGAGGGCCAAACGAAUUCACAGUCAAGGCAUCCGAUCCGCCCUGGAGGAAGUUCUUGGAUCAGUUCAAGGAACCCUUGAUCUUGCUUUUGAUGGGCAGCGCUGCAGUGAGCGCAUUCAUGCGAGAAUGGGACGAUGCUGUAAGCAUCACCAUCGCCGUCGUCAUAGUCAUCUCCGUCGCAUUUGUGCAGGAGCAAAGGUCGGAAGCUUCACUGGAAGCAUUGAACAAGCUGGUUCCGCACUACGCUCACCUAAUCAGAGACAAUGUUCAGACCACCGUACUAGCCAACGAGCUUGUUCCUGGAGAUCUAGUUACCUUUUCAACCGGUGAUAGAAUCCCAGCUGAUAUCAGGAUAGCUCACUCGGUAGCUCUCGAGAUCGACGAAAGCACGCUGACUGGAGAGACGAGGCCUAGGCGGAAAGUUGCAGAGGUAAUUCCCAGGAGUGCGGACGGGUCUGACGUUGCCAUCGCGGAUAGAGACAACAUUGCGUUCAUGGGCACUCUGGUCAAAAGUGGGUAUGGGCGAGGCAUUGUCAUAGGAACAGGAGCUCGCACCGAAUUCGGUAUGAUUUUCAGCAUGGUGGACGAAGUCACUGAGAAGAGGACGCCUCUGCAACUCAGUAUGGACGAACUUGCACAGAAGCUGAGCUUGAUCAGCUUUGCCAUCAUUGGGGUGAUCUGCAUUAUGGGAGUACUGCAGAGCAAGCCCUGGUUGGAGAUGUUCACAAUUGGAGUUUCAUUAGCGGUCGCGGCCAUUCCAGAAGGAUUGCCAAUCGUGGUCACAGUCACUCUGGCCCUCGGUGUGCUUCGCAUGUCCAAGCGAAAAGCGAUCGUGAAGCGCUUGCCAUGUGUGGAAACUUUGGGCUGCGUGUCGGUCAUUUGCUCCGACAAGACGGGAACUCUAACCUGCAAUCAGAUGGCCGUCGUGCGCGCAUUCACGUUCGAAGACGGUCAGAUCGACCUGAAUAAGGAAAUUCCACACAAACCGUCGGAAGCUUUGCAACGGAGCCUGUUAGUUGGCAAUUUGUGCAACAACUCCCACAGAGAUUCGAAUGGGCACUUCGUCGGGCAAGCUACGGACGUAGCUAUGGUUGAUGUUCUAGCGUUAUUCUCUCUCGAGGACAAGAGGCCCUACUUUCAAAUUUCUCACGAGGUGCCCUUUGACUCGGAAACCAAAUUCAUGGCUGUAGUCGGCAACCUGCCAUCCGCGGCAGGAGGCAAGGCGGAUGAGAUCACUUUCGUGAAGGGCGCCUUAGAGGUGAUCCUGGACCGAUGUGCUACCUACAUGGGCACACAAGGAAGAAGAGUCAAUCUAGACGACCAAGCGAGAAAACGAAUUGCAGAUGCAGCGCAGGAGCUUGCUGGUCUGGGCUUGAGAGUCCUCGCUACUGCAGUUGGCUCAACAAACAACGCACAUGAGAACAAAAGCUUGACUUUCUGUGCUCUUGCAGCUAUGCAGGACCCUCCUAGACCUGGCGUGCAAGAAGCAGUUGCUGCACUGUCCAGAGGCGGGGUCAGCGUCGUCAUGAUCACAGGAGACUCGGAGUCCACAGCGGUCGCCAUCGCGCGUCAAAUCGGUAUUCUGCGAGGAUCAUCGACAGCUUCCAGCGUCAUGACUGGCAAGCAGAUCGAUCAGCUAUCCGGAUCUCAGCUUGAGGAGAGGAUAGGAAACGUAGCUGUCUUUGCUAGGACCACACCGAGGCACAAGAUGUCUAUCGUCAAGGCUUUCCAGGAAAAAGGAAACGUGGUCGCUAUGACUGGCGACGGUGUCAAUGACGCCCCGAGCUUGAAACAAGCCGACAUUGGCAUUUCGAUGGGUCAAGGAGGUACAGAUGUGGCAAAGGAGGCGGCUGACGUGAUACUGGUGCACGACAACUUUGCCACCAUUUUGCCCGCCGUGGAGGAGGGCAAAGGAAUAUUCUUCAAUAUUCAGAACUUCCUUAGCUUUCAGCUGUCGACUGCAGUCGCAGCUCUGACGCUGAUCACUCUGUGCACAGCUUUCGGUCUCAAACUUCCGCUGAAUCCCAUGCAAAUCCUCUUUAUCAAUAUCCUUAUGGACGGACCUCCUUCCCAAAGCCUCGGAGUGGACCCUGUGGAUCCUGGUGUCAUGCUGAGACCGCCCAGAUCUAAGACGGCGCCCAUCGUCACUCAAAGAUUGAUUGCCAGAAUAUGCUUCUCGGCUAGCAUCAUUGUUGUGGGUACUCUGUGGGUCUAUGUCCACGAACUUCAAGAUGGGUUUGCUGAUCAGAGAGAUCAGACCAUGACGUUCACAUGCUUCGUCUUGCUGGAUUUGACGUCGGCAAUCCAGAACAGAGGACUAUCAACACCGCUGAACGGCAACAAGAUGUUGACGUUGACCAUCUCUGCAUCAUUGUUCACCCAAUUUCUCCUCGUCUACUUUCCACCUCUUCAGGGCGUCUUUCAGACGCAGGCACUCGCUUUUGCAGAUCUCGCGCUCCUGCUCUUUAUCGCUGCUCUUGGCUUUGCGGCACAUGAAGGACGGCGGAGAUACGAAAGAGGAAUAAAUCAGAUAGGAGAGCAUUGGCAAGACGAAAUGGCCUAGGCGACCUAUGUGUAUGGCAAUCAAUGCUCCGUCUCUUGACUCACUGCGAAUCUCAUCCUCAGCAACAUCAUCCUUGUGCGACUUGCAAAGGCGGAAGAGAACACGCAGUAAGGUUGCAGCGCAGGACCAGAGGCAUCACUACAGACAAGUAUGUCAUGACAAGGCCAG